AGAAUUCAAAAUGGAAGAAUCGCAGAGCCUAUCGGCUCACGAUUUUGCCGUCUACAAAUUGCAGGACACCUGCAAAAGCAUCCUUCGGGACUUCGGGUUCACGUCUGUCGCACAAUCGGCGAACAGCAAACUGGCAGCCUUACUUAGAAGCAAGAUAAACGAGUAUGCACAUUCGACGAGAGCAUUUAUGGAAUUAGCGGGUCGCACAAAACCGGUCACAAAUGAUGUGAUUGCAGCUUUCAAGCACCAAAAAGUUAGCCUUCCAGAUUUGAAGGAUUAUGCAAAACAGGUCAAAUCAGAGAUGCUUCAUGCGCUCCCAGUUAUCCCGGUGCCUGACCAGGAAAUUGCAAAGUCAGAUGACAAUUUCUUCCGUUCCAUGUACGGCCCGAAACCAUCAGAAAAAGAGCUCGAGGAGCGUCGUGAGCACAUUCCUUCACACUUUCGAGCACUUCACCCAGAAUGGAUCGAAGAAGAAAACAAGGAGAAGCCGCCCGAUGACACGGGAACACGUAAAGUCGUAAAAAGUGCUGAAGAACGUGAACAGGAUGAGUUCAACAAGCUGAAAAGGAUCAACACCUACCGACGCAACGAGAAUCCGGAAGUUCAACAAGCUCGCGAGGAGAAAGAGCGUCGUGAGGCGGAGGAAGCCGCGUACGCCAAGAAACGGAAUCACGAACGAUUCAAAAAAGGAAUCACGGCGCUUCCUGGCUCGACCCUUCCAAACUUUGAAGAUAUGAACUUUGUUGAGACCGGAUUCUUUAAGGAUUUCGAAGAGAACAAGAGACUGGAAGCCGAGCGUCGCUUACAGGUUCAGAAUGCGAGCAAGGUUGCCCCGACGCUCCCACCGCCGGUAGUCAACAAGCCAUUACCGUCAUUUUCGACGGAUUCUGUUUCUGCAUCGUCAUCUGCAUCGGCUAGUAUAAUGGCUUCGCCAAGUUUGGGUGAGAUGGCCGAAGCAUUCCUAAAGAACAAAAUCUUCAUGGACACUAUCAACGCCUACGGAAAAUCCUUCGAGCACAAGUCACCAUUCAAAGAUGAUUCUGGACCAGCAUUCCGAUUGUCCGAGUUGGUGAAACCCAAUAAGCCAUACUUGAAACUCCCUGGCACUGGCUCAAAUCCAGGAUCUGCUCCAUCGUCGAGACCUGGAAGCUCAAUGAGCAUUGGUACACCGACAAAAGUGAAGGGAUUGCCAGGGCGUCCGAAGAAGCCGAAGCCGGAAGGUGUUGUUACUGUGCCAAAACCGAAGGGUCGUCCACCAAAGAAAGCCACUUUGGAGAAGAGAAAGCGUCUCAGUGAGCAAAUCAUUGCACAGCAGCAGAAAAAGUUAGAUGAGUUUAAAGAAGAGAAGGAAAAGCAGGAAAAAACUUCUGAUAAGAAGCCCAAGAAGCAGACAUUAGCUGAAGAGAUUCGGGAUCAGUUAUUGCGGGCAAAGAGUAAAAUUGUUCUACCCAACUCAGUCGUUGCACCAAUUCAGACUACGCUGCCACCAGCACAACAACCAGCAACAGCGACGGGAAUGGUGUCAUUGACGAUUGCGCCGAUUCUCGUUCCCCAGACUAGCAUGGAGCCGGCGACAAGUGUUCCAGUCGUCGGAGCUACAGUUGACAUUGACUCUGCUCCGUUCCUGUUGGCCGAGCCAGCACUGGAGGUGGAGAUCAAAACUGAAGAUCAAUUCCCCGAAGGACCAUCGUCAUCUGUUGCCGCUGAUACUACGUUGGAAUUUGGAGAGGAUCAGGAGAAGAAGCCGAAGAAGGAGAAACGGGACAAGAGUUCGGAGGAGUACAAAGAGUACAAGCGUUUGAAAAAGGAGAAGCGUCGCAAAGAGCGAGAAGAGCGGAAAUCUGCUGAGAAUUGUGUGAAGAUCGAAAAGGAAAAGACGUCUACACCGGUCAAGCAAGAGGAUGUUCCAGAUUCAACUCCUGUACUCAAACUCAAGAUCAAGUUCAACCCGAAUCUACAGACACCAAAAGCGGAAGAGCCAGAGCCAAUGCGUCCGGAUACGACGACAAGCUCGGGAAGCCGACCUGCGUCGUCCAAAAGCAACUAUCACAACGAACCACCACCACCACCUGCCAAUCCGCCACCGCUCAAGUUCCGAUUCAAGAAUCUGUUCAAUUUGGGAGACCAGGAUGUGAAGAAAGAGGAGCCAUCAUCGAUGACUCCAGAAAGCUCGAGACCGGGAUCUUCGCUUGAGACGCCGUCCUCCUCGUCGUCAUCGAAGCAUCAUCAUCAUCAUCACAAGAAGGAGCGUAAGGACAAGGAGCACAAGAAACACAAGAAGGACAGGGAGCAUCGAGAUCGUGAGAAGGAGCGAGAACGAGACGAGCGAAAAGAGCGCGAGCGGCAACAGAAGGAAAAGGAGAGGGAGGACGCGGCUCGGCGUGAAAUUGAAGAGAAAGCUGAAAUGGACGCCAAACGAGUUGCCGAAGAAGAGGAGGAGCGGCGUAAAGAAAAGGAGAAGCGCCGUGAGGAGAAGAAAAAGCAGAAGGAGCUGCUAAAAGAGAAGGAGCGAAGUGAACGCAAGGAAAAGGAACGUGAAUUGGAACGUGAAAAGGAGAAAUCGCGUGAGAAGGAACGUGAAAAAGAGCGGGAAAAGGAGCGUGAAAAAGAGCGUGAGAAAGAGCGCGAGAAGCAAAAGGAACGUGAAAAGGAACGGGAGAAGGAGCGUGAAAAGGAGAAGAAACGAGAGGAAGAAGCUCGUCGGAAGAAGGAGGAAGCAUCCACUCCGGUGAUCAUCCGUCCACUUCUCUCACAGGAAGAUGACGAUUCCAAUGGCUCGGAGAGCAGCGAGGAGAUUUGGAUUUGUCCGGUGUGCUCGGUUGCCUACACAGUUGGAGCCAACAUGAUUGGAUGCGAUCAGUGUCAGGAUUGGUUUCAUUGGCACUGCGUUGGACUCACUGCCGAACCAACAGACUCGAAGUGGUUCUGCACCCGUUGUACCAAGGGAAACAAGAGCAAAAAGCACGGAAAACGCUCUGCAACCGGACCACAUGAUCGUGACCCGUCUGCGAAAAAGAAAAAGAAGAGUCAUUAGAACAUCUUCUAGAUUCUUUUUCAAAAAAAAAAUUAUUUUUAAUUACAUUCCAUCAAUCAAACUCUAGUCUUAUCUUAACUUUCAAUUACUUUGUGAUUCGAAUGGUCAAUUUUGUCCGAACAUUGAUCAUCAAACUUUUUUACCAAUCAAUUAACUUAAAACCGCCAUAAUCAGAGAUCAUAAGUUCUCGACUAGUUUUAUUAUUUAAAAUAAUACAAAUAUUUUGUUAUCAUCAUUUGAAUGAAAAUUGCCCAUCACUCCCAACUUUCUCCUCUUAAAUAUACUCUAGCCUCAAUUGUCAAGUCUUUCAACAACCGCAAUUUCCAUCCACCAUCCCCAUCAAACUUACCUCUAGAAUAUAAAUGAAUCGACAUGAAGUCCUUAAACAAAUCAGUGAUACAUUCCCAACCAAUUGUUUUAAUGAAGUUGCAUAAUGUUUU